GUCAGCAGCUCGGGUCAAAGGUCAGCAGCUCAGGUUACAGGUUAAAGGUCAGCAGCUCAGGUUUCAGGUUAAAGGUCAGCAGCUCGGGUCAAAGGUUAAACUCAAAUCAAAUCUUGUCAUAAAAGAUGACGGGAUUUCUGCUGUUGUUGUCAAAAGUUGAGAUAACAUGGUUUAGUGAUAAGCUGGACGUGUUGGGAUUUAUCCCAGCAGCUAACACGCCCAAUUGAAGCUCCGUAUCGGUAAAGGCUGAUCAUUAGAGCCGGUUAUUGCUCGUUAACAUUGAUUAUAUGUGGCGGCCAUCAAGAAUGUGUCUAAAAGUUGUAAAUAUCCGCUUAUUGAUGACGUCAUGAGUAGCUUGGUUAAUAGGCUGCUCACCAGAGCUUGGGCUAACGUUGCCGCCCGCCUCUCGCUGUAAGAGUGAAGGUUAGGGUUGGGCAUCGGUUGGAACCAGAACUAACUCGGUUUUUCCCGGAAUUGUUCAAAUUUUUUUUAUUUCGAUUCCUAGUUUUGAUUCCCAGGCUAGCGACCCGAAGAAGAAUCUGCGGUCGAUUUCCGUGGAAAAAAAUCGUGAUCUGCACAUUUAUGUUUGUGUUUAGCAGAUGCUUUUGGCCAAAGAGACUUGCAGGCAAUGACGAAGCAGCAAACAAGUAAACGAGCGCGUCUGCCGAACUUUUUCCAUGAUGGAAACUUUAAUUCCUGCAGCUGAGAGCAGCGGGACGUUCCUGGUUUUUUGCCCGGAGGCUUCUUCCAGACUUUGGUUGAGCUGCAAGUCUUUUUCUGUCUUUCCUGAAAACACGCUUUUGUGUAUAGAAGAGUGAUGUGAUUUUAUAGAAUUACAAUCCAUGCUGAAGUUCAGAUCAUUUAUCAAGUCAGACUCAAAACAUGUAAUGGAAGAAUCAGAAUCAGGAAUCAAUAGGAACUGGAAUCAAAACAAGGAAUUGGAAAUGAAAAUGGAAAUGGAGUCGGAAUCGUUCAAACUCCAGUGAUGCCCAACCUCAGUGUUGUCCUCCUAGCAGAUCCUGGGCCGACCAUGCAAGUAGAGACGUAGCAACCAUUGAACCUGCAGUGAGAGCUCGGUUAAUCCAAGUUAAGGGACGAGAGGAAGAGCCGUUCUCUGCUGUCAAUUCCCACCUUUAGGACAAGAGACGGUGUUGAGGACAGGAAGGUUCACAUUCUGGACAGAGGAGACCAACAUCGUUCUCUAGAGGAGGAGAUCUGAGGUUUUUCAGACAGUUUCACAACAAUCCACACCUUCAGGAAUGUGAUAACAUCCCACACGUGAACCAGAACAUCCCUCAGCAGGAAAAAGCAGGAAUGUCGUGUCGGCCUGCAUUAAUGGAGCCCUCCCCACAGCUUGAGCCUCCAUUUUUCUGUUGGAUUGAAGAAUCACAACAAAGACCAGCUUUCUCUUUACUUUCUUCUUCAGCGACUUUCUUACGUGUCCGAGAAGAUUUUAAUGAGAUGCAGGUGAUUCUCAUUAGGUAUCAUGACCACCAGGUGGCGCCAGAGAGGAGCCUUUACACAAACUGGAUGUGCAUGAAGUCCUAUUUUGCUGGUUUCUUGUGGUCAGAACAUCCCAACUCCACUGUUUUUCUUGCUUCAUUAAGUUAUCUGGAACUUUUUACAAAUCCAAGUGAAACCUUUCUGACAGUAAAUCCAUUAUGGCACUGGUUUCCCUCUCUUCGGUUUCCCAGUGAGAGCUGCGGUCUGGGACACAUUAGUGCCAGUUUCCCCCUCGGCCUGUAUUCCCUUCUCUCCUGUUUGUUACAUCACGGCAUGACCUCACCGCUCUGCUCGGCCCAGGCUAAACACACUCGCUGCCAUGUUGCCAUAACAAUGUGUUCCACUGGCUCUCAGCUCGGCCCGACUGGUCCAGCACCGGGCCGGUCCAUCGCUCAUAAAGCUCCUCAGCAGAGAGGCUGCAGUCUCAGAGCUGCCAGCCCAGGCCCCCCAGCGCCUCCUCCAUCGUCCUAAUGACGACAGAUUGUUUUUCAUGAGCAAAGCUGCAAAGGAGAAUGGAUCAACCAGAUGUGCCGUGUUAAACUGACAAAUGGAGCAUGGGAAAGCUCUUUAUUAAAAUAACUGAGCAAUUUGAAAACAAAUGACUUCAGGGUUUAAGGCUGGGACCUCACUGGGAGUUGGACAGAGGAAAUGAAGGUCAUCAUAGCAUUAGGUGGAAAACGGACCCAAGAUGCAAGUACGAACACGGAGGAACCACAUUAACCAAAUACCAGAGGUGUGGACUCCAGUCACAUGACUUGGGCUCGAGUCAGACUGGAGUUAUUAUUUUAAUGACUUCUGACUUGACUUGAUCAAAUCUAUAAAGACUUACGAAUUAACUCGGACUUGAACGCCAAUGACUUGCGACUUGAAUCGACUUGCAUUUGUUGACUUGAUGAUGACUUGAGCAUAUUUGAUAUUUUGGCACAAAAGUGACCCGACAUGGACAAAAAUCAUGAAUCAUUCUUGGCUCUGGGUGCGAUGUACGGCUGAAGGCAGCAGCUCUUUCUGCUGUUUGGGCGAAUAAACGAAGCUUUAUUUCUGGACUUUAUUUAUUAUCAUGUCAAUAAGUAGAAGUUGGACAGAUGACUUGAUUAUGACUUGAAAAUUCAAAGUUAAUGACUUGGACUCAACUUGGACUUGGUUGUCUUUGACUUGGACUUGACGAGACUUGACUGGAAAGACUUGUGACUUGCUUGUGACUUGCAAAACAGUGACUUGGUCACACCUCUGCUAAAUACCCUUCAUAAUAAAGCAAGACCGACGAGGCAGCUGCAAAACGGACACAUUCGGGUCUAACGGGAAAGCGCAGUGAGCUGGAGCAGUGAGGAAGAAUCUGCUGGAUCUCAGGGAAAACGUGGAGCGACACGAGGAAUAAAACUAAAAUACAAAGAACAAACCAACUCACAAAGGCUAAAUACCAUCAGGUCUAACAACAGAUACCAAGGACCAAAGAAAACCCUUAAAGCUGAAGUUUGAUUACAAGACAUUUUCUGAUUUUACCCAUAAUUACCAUUAAAGCAAAGGCUUUACCAGCUGGGCUAGUCAGAAUGGAUAGGUGGCACAUCCAUCCAUGUGUGACCGGAACAAAAUCUACUUGACCUGACAUGUUUGAAUUUCUGGAUGCUGCCUGAUGUUGUGAACCAAUUAGCGACUUGAGAGUAACGGGACAACAACAAUAAUAAAUCAUUGUUGUGAAAAAGAACAGCACAUCAAACCAGAGAAAACAUUUCAAUAUCCCGGACGAACCCCCAUCUAGACCAACAUGCCUAAUGUUGGGUAAAAUAAGAGUCCACGCUUCAAAAGGUUUAAUUACAAAAAUGAACGAUGUCUGUGUUUAUAUUCAGACAUUAGUGGUUAAAUAAUUAUACAAUUAUAAAGGAAUCCAAGAACUACACACU